UAGCAGAUUUAAACUCCAACCCGCAGCAUAUAAAAGCCCAAGACAAAAACACAAGUGUAAAGUAGCGGCUGGUAGUAGUGCGAUCUCAUCUUCUUCUACACUGUAUUAGGGUUUACUUCUAAAUCCGAGAAAACCCUUGACGGCGUUCGAUCCAAAAUGGACCCAAACAUGAUUGCUGAUAUGGCUUCUCUUCCAGCGGAAGAUCAACAGAGAAUGGCUUCCAUGAUCGAUCAGCUUCAAGUCCGUGACAGCUUGAGAAUGUAUAAUAACCUAGUGGAGAGAUGCUUUCAAGAUUGUGUUGAUACGUUUAAGCAUAAAUCCCUGCAAAAGCAGGAGGAAACCUGUGUUCGAAGAUGUGCAGAAAAGUUUCUAAAGCACUCUAUGCGGGUUGGCAUGAGGUUUGCCGAGCUCAACCAAGGAGCUGCAACUCAAGAUUGAAGUCUGCUAUUGUUGGACAACUUUUUUAUUUGUCUUCAAUUUUUGUUUAGUUAUAGUUUUGCUUUUUAAAUGCAAAACAUUGUAGAACAUAUGUAUUUCUUCAUUGCUACGAUCACAGAAAAUUGAUGCUAAAAUCUAAAUAAGUUUAUGAAGAUGUAUUCAUUA